GUUAACGGUCAGAAAACUGAGAAAUAAAACGGAGUAAACGGGCAGUCGAGCAGCAAACAGACGCACUCUAGGUGAAAGUAGGGAACCGAAGAGUUCUACCUUUUUUCCCCACUAUCCUCUCUCUUUCCUGUCCCUUCUUUAUUCUACUUCUCUCUCUUCCCAUCCUCUCCUUCUCUCUCUCUGUUUCUGUGAUGCCGAGCUGUGGGUGAUUGUAUGCCCGUGACCAGACUGAAGCUGGGGAAGCUAAAGGUGGUGCGGCGGCAGCUGCUGCAAAGAUAUGAACACCAGCCGUUUGUCUCCUGCCUGGCCGGCCUCUAUGGUUGCCAAUGGAGACGAUAUCAAAGAGCCCGGGCACAACCAGGAGAGUGCUGCUGCAGCAAGGUGGAGUGUGGGAGUUUUGGCCUCCUGAUCCUCACCUUCUUCCUGAGUUUUCUAUUCCUCUAUUUCUGGAGUGAAGCUCAGAACGACUACAACGACUUUGACUGGUUUAACUUUGGGACUCUUGGUUUCUGGUUUCCCUGGUCUCUUGUCCUGCUGGUUGUUGCUGCUUCUCUCUUCACAUACAUCGCCCUGCUGUUGGUGCUGGCAGUGUGUCUGCUUUCUGAGGGUCAGAGGCUUUACCUUCACUGGAGCCACAAGACUGGCAUCGUGGUGACGUUGGCAUUCUCCGUCACAGCCACCGCCAUCCUGUCUGACCUCUGGAGCAAAGAAUGGAAGACUCUUCUCCUCUCUCUGCAGGUGACAGCUCCGUUCCUCCAUGUGGCUGCAGUCUCACUAAUGGCAGUUCUCUCCUGGCCCAUAGCGUUACACUUCUUCCGCAUGAACAAGAAAGUGCGUCAGGUGGCUGUCUUGGGUCUCUACCUGUCCAUGCUGUUCUCUCUCUACCUGGUCCCUCUGGGAAUGUACUCGCCCUGUAUUAAAGAAGCAGGAACACUGGGACCAGCCCCAAGACUUAUCGGACACAGAGGAGCUCCAAUGCUUGCUCCAGAGAAUACUGUGAUGUCGUUUGAGAAGGCAGUGGAGACUGGAGGAGAAGGACUGGAGACUGACGUCACCAUCAGUUAUGAUGGCAUUCCUUUCCUGAUGCACGACUCCACUCUGAGGAGAACCACAAAUGUUGCUGAGGUUUUCCCAAAUCGAACACACCUCGAUGCCUCCAUGUUCACCUGGUCCGAGCUGCAGCAGCUGAAUGCUGGCGACUGGUUCUUAUCGAGGGAUCCAUUUGGUACUGUGUCGUCCCUGUCUGAGGUGGACCGCUUGCAGGCCCAGAACCAGUCUGUUCCCUCACUGGCCCAGUUUCUGGAGGUAGCAGCCCGUGGCGGCAGACUAGUGCUGUUUGACCUGCGUAGGCCACCGUAUGGACAUCCUUACAGCCAGUCAUACAUCAACACAACUCUGCAGGUGGUGCAAGCCCACAUCAACUCCUCACAGGUGCUGUGGCUUCCAUCUGAGGACAGAGAGUUGGUCCAGGCUGUGGACCCAGAGCUGCAGCAGACUUCAGGGGAAAAAGCUUCUAUUCAGGAACUGACAGACAGCCACAUCACCAGACUGAACCUGCACUAUAGCACAAUGUCUCAACAACAGAUCAGUAAGUACCAGUCAGUGAACAUCAGCACUAACCUGUAUGUGAUCAGCCAGCCUUGGCUCUACACUCUGGCCUGGUGCGCUGGAGCUCAGUCUGUAACCACCAACUCCAUCCACGUCCUGUCCAACAUCAACAAGCCGCUCUUCCUCAUGACUCCAGAGGAAUACAGUCUGAUGUGGAUUCUGACUGAUGCCGUGUCUGCCCUCCUCAUCAUCGCCAUCUUCAUAUUCCACUGUAAGUACCAGUCAGUGAACAUCAGCACUAACCUGUAUGUGAUCAGCCAGCCUUGGCUCUACACUCUGGCCUGGUGCGCUGGAGCUCAGUCUGUAACCACCAACUCCAUCCACGUCCUGUCCAACAUCAACAAGCCGCUCUUCCUCAUGACUCCAGAGGAAUACAGUCUGAUGUGGAUUCUGACUGAUGCCGUGUCUGCCCUCCUCAUCAUCGCCAUCUUCAUAUUCCACUGGUGGAGAGAGCGAGGCCUGCCCUUCUGGUCCGGCAGCCGUCAGACUCAUGAGAACGGACCAUACAGCAAGUUCAGGACGGAGCUGAGUGAUGUGUGGUCCAUCUCCAGCGUCAACGUCCGGCCUGAUUUACGGAGCACGCCCAAUUCACCCGGCACUCCUCACCUGCCCACCAUCACAGAGGAGUGACUUGGGGAGAGAGACAUAGAGGGAGACAAAGGAUGAGAGAGAGAGAGAGACAGAGAGAGAGAGAGACAGAGAGAGAGGGAGAGAGAGAGAGAGACAGAGAGUGCUAAAGGCUUCAAAUCUUGAGCAUCUCUUGAUAAAAUUAAACAUUCAUGACUAAAUAAGAAACCAUCAAGUCGGAUUAAAAACAUUCUUGGUUCUUAACUCAAGAGUUAACAAGGAAAAUUACAUGUGGUUUGCUUUUAAUUCACAUGUUGCUAAAUUAGUAAAAUCUUUUUUGUGUCAAAUAAUCAAAACUGUUGUCUUUGUCAGAAAAGUGUUUAUGUAGAAGCUCAUCGCACACAGUAAGAAGACGAUUGAGAAAAUGAAUUACCACAGCCUUUAAAUAAAAGAGAAACGACAAAGUGACCAAGAACAGACACAUGUAAAGUGAGAGACAUCAACGAUCUCAUCUUUCUCCGCCUCCUCUGUUAUUCUCUCAGUCUGUGGACUGGACUGAACUGAACUGAUGAACCAGACCUCAUCACUGAUCUGCCAUCAGUGACAGAGAGGAGAGACUCUGGACAUGAACCCGGUUCACAGGCAGCAGUGUCACUUUCUACUCUAUAAUCUCAUAGAUGCCAUUAAACUGUCUGGGCAGUGAGGACAGUGAAACACUGGCCCUUGACAACAUGUUCAUGUCUGGUCAUUCACCACCACCAACUCAGUUCAACAACGCAAGAUGUCAAAGAAUCUACACCUCACAGAAGAAGGAAGAAAACAAUGAACAAAUAUAUAUAUACAGCUGUAGUAACACAUGAGUCGCUUUCACUCUCUCCGUCUCGUGUUUCUAGUUGAUAAAAACGAUGUUUGACGGAGGAAGAGCGGAGGACUCGGGGUGAAGCUCUGAUGCUGAUGGAAACUGUGUCUUCAGAGCAGGAGACAUCUGGACAUGAUGAAAUGGACUGAGUGUCCUCUGUAUGAAUUCUUCUACUUCAUUUUCAGCUGUGUCGAUAUCAGGUGCAUCAGACCAAACCUUAAACCAUGUCUUAAAUCUUAAUGUCUCGAGUUGUUGGAUGUGGUGUGUGAACUGAACGCUGUUCGACUGACAGGAUGAAUGUAAACCCGAGGCUUGAGAAGGUAUCGGUAGUUAAAAUAUUUAUGUUUGUUACUAAAGUGAAUGUAUUAUCAAGUGGGGCCAUGUUUCUCAAAAGCAUAUGAGAAAUGUUCUGGCUGGGUCUUCUCACUUUGGCUGCAGAUUUGUGCCAAAUGUCGUUUGAGCUGCUCUAAAUAAAGAUUAGACAAAGAU